GUUUACUAGUGGAUUGUGUGGGUGUUGUGGAAGCUGGUAGGCUGAUUUCAGUAAAUGUUAUUUCUUGGAAAGGAUACACUAACGGUGGAAAGAUUUUCGAGGUAAACUGUAUCUUAUCCAUAUCCUCCAUACUACUUUCUCCUGCCAUUGAAUUUGUCCUCUAUUGUUUAUGUUCACUAGUCCUCAGCUCUAUUGUGCCUGAGACUUUUCAGUUGCAAAUUGAUCCUUCUUCGGACAAUGGGAUUACCCAAGCUAAUCCUCUGUCUUCUUUUGUGUACUGUUGUGAAGGUAUGCGUAGCCCAGGUUCACCUUCAUGUGCUAUACUACCCUUGUAUAAACUUGCAGCAGUAUGCUAAUGGCAUAUUACACACCAAACCAACCAAAUUUCUUGGGUCCCGCCUUACUUAUUUCCGACGGUAGUUGAUUUUGGAAGAGACUUUUGGGCCCGUCGCCAUGGUCGUAAAACUCUGUCCUGCAAUGCAAAUUGUGUGACAUGAGAUUUUUUUUCGUUUCGCAUCUGCAACGGAAACAUUCAAUCUGCGUUUCGUGUGCAAAAUUCUGGUUGCUACUAUGGUAACAGCGAUAUAUCCGAUUUAGGACGACUUUCCAAAUCCACAUUUGGUUCCUCCCAGAGCUCGAGAGGCCGCUCGGGGGGCCCACUUCCAUUGAAGAGUGGAUACCAAGCGCGACCACGCGCAAAAAGGGAAAGAGUGGGCAAGUACGUUACUUAUAGGCCUAUGUAACGUUAUAAGGGUGUCAAAAACGAUGUUUAAAAUACUGAAAAAGAGGAUAUGUUUUCAAUACUUGUAGGGUUUCACAAGCUAAAUACUUUUAAAAGAUGCAUUUUCAUAAUCUGGAAAAGCCUUGCGUCCCUUGUUUAGGGUGCUUUUCGAAACCGCAUGGUCGUGCCUGGUAUCCACUCAUCAAUGGAAGUGGUCCCCCCGGGAAUUCGAAUCUAAUCCCCAUUUUUGGGGAAAGUAAAACAUAAUGCCCAUUACAUUGUGUGCUAGAGGCAUAUCGUUUGUGUAGGAGUAAACAAAAUAAAUUUCGGCUGGUACGUGUUCAGACCAAGGUAACUCCUUGUUCAGACGUGUACAUGCUGUGUACAUAAUCAACGCAUGCGAAAUGGUUUCUGCUGGAGAGGUGAUUUGACCCUUGGAAUCAAUUGCCAGAGAUCCACCAAUAAUCCACAUUGAAUGCAAUAUCGAUUCGAUGGACUAAUGAUCUAUAUCUAAGCCUUAAUUCAGUAACUUUUUCCUCACUCAAUAUGUACUCGAUUUGUUUGAAAAACCACUUUCUUAUCCAUGUCAUAAUCUAUUGUAGGUCCUGCAUUUAGAAUAUCUCCAGCCAUCAGUCGUAAUGUACAUGCAUGUAUGGUGCGGGUGUCGCGGGAAAUAGUUUUGCACACGAAAAGCAGAUCUGUAGGGCCUGUAACCCCCUUGUAACACAAAGCUUAGCAUUGAUUGUAGAGCAGUUUUCUACAUUUGAUUCUAUUGACUAUAAUGUACAAUCAAUCUUAAAAAUCAAGUGUAUGAUUAAGCGUUAACUUUUGUGUUAGGGGACACUAAUAUUAGCGUCCGUGAGGUUUGCGAAAGGUCCCAAUUACGCCAAUACAACUGCUACUUUUCAAUUGAGUCUCCUCACGUCGGGUGAUGUACAGUCAAAUCUUGGCCCAUUGAGACCACCAACUACUAAGAAUAAUUCUCAUCACAAUUCACAGGUUGAUGAGAACAAUGCAUAUAUACAUCGUUUAUCCUAUGACAGGGACUCCUUGUUUAAAAUUCAACUACCUCUCUCACAAACACUUACAUUGUAUGCUUAAGCGUGAAGUACUUGAUGAAAUUAACCUACUUGGUAUAUCUCGUAAACCAUGUGUACAAAGAAAACCUAGGAAACAUAGGCAUCGGGGUAAACGUGGCGGUCAAAGAAAGCAACGUCAGAUCCCAGUGCUUGUCUCCUUGACUCCACCUAUUAUAGACCGUCUAUUCAUCGUGAUGUUGUUAAGAAUAAUCUUGUACCAAUCAAGCUAGUUGACCCAUGUAACUCAUCAAAUAUUAAACUUUGUUUGUGGAAUGCUCAUUCAAUAAGAAACAAAACUUUUCUCCUCCACGAUUAUGUAUUAGAAUAUGACUUGGAUAUAAUGAUGAUCACUGAAACAUGGUUCCAUGUUGAUGAUCCAGCAGUCAUUAAUGAAUGUACACCCCCUGGGUAUGCCAUGUUCAGCAGACCUAGACUUACUGACCACCAUGGGGGAAUUGCUAUUUUAUAUAAAUCUCAUUGAACUUGACUGUGAAUUCUCAAGCCCCCAUUGACAUUCAAAAUAAGUUCAAGAGCUUUGAACUUGCCCAUGUGGUUUAUAGACACAAAACUGGUAACAUUCAUAUCUUUGUGAUCUAUAGGCCUCCACCUUCAGCAUCAAACGGUCUCCGUCUUAGUGAUUUUCUAGUUGAAUUUGAAACCCUGGUAAAUGAGAUUUCUCUUUUAUCUGGUCAUGUUAUUAUGGCUGGUGAUUUCAAUGUACACGUUGAUGAUCCAUCCAGGUCCGAUGUCAAACAAUUCUUGUCAAUCAUUGAAACUGGUAGUAUGAUCCAGCAUGUUAAUGGCGCAACACACAAAUUUGACCACACUUUAGAUCUUGUAAUGUCCAGGGAACUCAUAAAUCCUGGUUGCUGUGUACUAGAAGAUAACUGCAAUAACACUUUGAUUGAUCGUCAGAUACACGACGUUACUAUACAUGAGAAUCUUCUCUCUGAUCAUCAUUGUGUACAUUUUUGUUAUAGCCCGGUGGAAAUUCCUGCAGCUGAGAGGUUUCGGCACACAGUCCGAAAGUUCAAAGAUAUUAACCCUGAUAGUUUUUCUUCGAUGCUUUCUAACAAUCUUAAAACACUUGUGUACAGUGGUGGCGUGAAUGCUCUCUUGCAGGAUUAUACUACGGCAGUUAAGGAAUGUCUAAGCAUGCACCUCAAAAAUCGUAUGUGCAGUCCAUUCGUAUCCGCAAUCCGCAAUGCGGAUGUUCUCUCUGCACGUAGGUCUAGGCGGCAAGCUGAAAGAAGAUGGAAGAAACAUCGGACAGAUGAAAACCGUUCACUAUAUGUUGCAGCAAAUAAACUUGUCAAUGAUGCAAUAAUACAUGCUAAAAAGUCUUUUUUAGAUGAUAGACUCACUGAUGCUGAUGCUAAAACUGUCUUCUCUACUCUCAAUAGUAUUCUUGAUAGGGACAAGAAACUUCUUCCAAGUAAGAAUUGUUCUCCUGUGUCCUUGGUAACAAGAUUCAGAGAACUCUUUGUUGAAAAGAUUGUUAGGAUUCGUGAGAGCCAUGACAGUACCAAUAAUCAGGAACUUGAUCAAUGCCCUCAGAGUGACAAUACAUGCUCCUUCUCUGCCUUUGAUGUUAUCUCUGAAGAAAAUUUAAAGAUUAUCAUCACUAAAAUGUCUCAUGCUUCUUGCUCGUUGGACGUUGAACCAACGUGGCAUUUAAAGAAAUAUGUUUUAUAUCACAUCUCGGCUCUCCCCAAGGUGGUCAAUGCCUCUUUACAAUCAGGGGUUUUUCCAGUAGCAUGUCACCAGGCCUUAAUCACACCUGUGCUUAAGAAAACUACACUAGAUUAUCAAGAUCUGAAAAAUUAUAGACCUGUCAGUAAUCUAAGUUUUGUAGCUAAAGUUAUUAAGAAAACUGCAGCGUCUUAAUUGGUUGAAUACCUCACCACUAACAACUUAAAAUAUCAGAGCAAGUUUCAGCUCCUUGGACUUGCAAAUACGGUCCCCCCCCCCCCCCCCCCUAACUUUCGAAUCCGUUCCGCGCCCCUGUACCUUAAUAGCACUACUGUUAAAAAAAUAAAUAGAAAAUGUAAAAAAAAAAUAGUCAUAAAAAGUCGCGUGCAUAAGACCAAAAUCUACGUACGCUUCAGGAAUGUUCGAUAACUAAGUGCAAGCGUCAAUUUGUGAAAUAGCGCCAACACUGUGCUAUGACAUCUGAAACUUUCAGUACUAAUUCCAUAAUAUUGUGCUAUAACAUUCAAAUAAAAUAUAUUCGAUCGUAUUAAAUCAAUUCCCAACUUCAAAAGUGCCACGAACAUUUAUUUGUAUUUUCGUUCCCUUUCUUUAUGAGCUGCUUUCACUUGUUAGGCCUUCAAUCUCAUCAAACUUGUCGAGAUCAAAAUGACUAAGGAGGAUGAUUAAAUGUCAACUACUCCCUCCUAAUCAUCGCCAUCAUCCCACCACCACCAUCAGCAAACUUGUUGAACGAGUUGAAUAUUCUGUUUAUUCUUUAAGAUCUUUCAGCAAAGGGUAUCUGCCUAUAUUCUAUAAGUCGGCAUAAGCAUCUACAUUCAGCGGGAUGCUUUGUCGUCCUGUAAUAUCGAUUUUCUACUGUAUCUUUGCGUGGAAAUAUUCAUCGCAGCUAUAUUUCAUACUCGGCAUGCUAACGGUAACAUGAGUUACUUCCCUAGUCAUCACAGAAACACAAUUGGGAGAUCACAUGUCAGAAAUGUUGAAUAGAUAGUGUGUUAUGAACACCCCUCUUCAUUAUUAUCAUCAAAAGCAGCAGCUUCCCCUCCUCAUCAUCCACACCCUCAUAAUCAUCAUCAUCACCAUCAACAUCAUCAUCAUCAACAACAUCAUCAUCACCAUCAUACUGGACCCCUCAGAAGAACAGCCUGUGGCUGAAGAGGGUCAUCCAGCCCACGAGUG